AUGGCGAAACAAGGGCAAGAAGCAAUGAAGAAAGCUCUUCAGAAUGCUCGAGGAGCCGGAGUCGGACUCGGAUUGGUGGCUGCUGCCGGAGCUGCUGUUUACGGUAUCUCGCAAUCCAUGUUCACUGGUAAGAUUUUGAAUAAUAUCAAAUGAACGCUACUCAUUUUCAGUGGAGGCUGGACACCGCGCCAUCAUGUUCAAUAGAAUCGGAGGACUAUCGACCGAUCUUUACAGAGAAGGACUUCACUUCCGUGUCCCGUGGUUCCAGUACCCGAUCGUUUACGAUAUCCGCGCCAGACCAAACCAGGUUUUUUCUUUUUUUUUCUUUUCUUUUUUUUUCGGGAUUCGUAAACGCUGUGCCUUAUAGAUCCGUUCUCCAACUGGAUCCAAAGAUUUGCAAAUGGUCAACAUCGGACUCCGUGUUCUCUCCCGACCAAACCCGGAGCAUCUUGUUAACAUCUACCGCACUCUCGGACAGAACUGGGAAGAGCGCGUGCUCCCAUCGAUCUGCAAUGAAGUUUUGAAGGGAGUGGUUGCCAAGUUCAAUGCUUCUCAACUGAUCACUCAACGUCAACAGGUAGAGUAUUAGCAGAGAUCUCAUCUCUGAAUAUUAGUGACAGAAAACGUUUAGCUUCAUAUUUCCUCUAGGUUUCCAUGCUGGUGCGCAAGACCCUCAUCGAGCGUGCCCUCGAUUUCAACAUUAUCCUCGAUGAUGUUUCUCUCACCGAACUGGCUUUCUCUCCACAAUACUCUGCCGCCGUCGAAGCCAAGCAGGUUGCUGCUCAGGAGGCUCAAAGAGCAUCGUUCUACGUCGAGCGUGCAAAGCAGCAGAAGCAGGAGAAGAUUGUGCAAGCAGAAGGAGAAGCCGAGUCCGCUAAGCUUCUCGGAGAAGCCAUGAAGAACGACCCAGGAUUCCUGAAGCUGAGAAAGAUCCGCGCCGCCCAGAAGAUCGCCCGGGUUGUUUCUGAGUCCGGAAACAAGACCUUCCUACCUGCUGGCGGUCUCAUGUUGAACAUUGCCGACACCGACUACCUGAACGUCUGCGACAAGAAACGCUAA